AUUGUUGCAUAACGGUAUCGUUCUAUCUAACGUCGUAUUAAUAAUAGUAAUAAUAUUUCGUGAGUCGGUGCAAAUUUAUUCAAUUGCAAAAUCCAUUCAUUUUCGCAACACCGGAUUCGGUUCUCCGACAGACAUCGGGUAUUCGGGUGCUCUGUUCGAAAUUACUUAGAGUGUGCGUGUGUCGCGGUGUAUGGCUCGUAAAAAUAAAGAAAAUAAAAACAUGGCUCUAUCAGCCGUGUUACGGGAUGAAGGCGAUAGCAGUGAAGACGACUAUCGACGCAAACGAGACAAGAACAAUCAGGCAGUUAAAAGAAGUCGAGUUAAAAGUAGAAUGCGCACACAACAGACAUUGCAACGUGUGAACCAAUUAAAAACUGAGAAUGAUAUGCUUGAAGAAAAAAUUAAACUCUUAAGUAAAGAACUAGGAUUUUUAAAAGAACUAUUCAUGGCACAAGCUGGAACAUCACAAAUUGAACUUCCCAAAUCUGUUGACCUUAAGACAUUAUUGAGCGACACUACUUCAGACAUAUUGGAUAAUGAUUUAACAAAAUCUCAAUCUUCAUCAUAAGUAUAAUAUAAUUUUUUAUUUUAUGGGCACAGCAUAUUUUAUAACUUAUAAGUAAAAAUAAUAUUAUGAGUCAUAUUGAUUUAAUAUUUUUUUAAAUAUUUUUGUCCCAUACUCAAGAAAAUAUUUAUUUAUUAAUAUUGAUUAGGUUAUGGAUUUUAAAUAGCUUAAAUUGUUUUUUGUAACGAUUUCAUUAAUGUUUGUUCACUUGUGUGUAUGUUGUGCAAUAUUUAUAUUUAUUUUUUCAAACAACUGUACAAUUUGAAGAAAAAAAAUAUUGAAUGAAUGUUUAAUAUGUGUAAC